UGCUGUCAAGGAGCGGCGGAACGAGUUGGGCCGGAGCGAGUGGGAGGGCGGGGGAAGCCCGUGAUUUGGAGAUGGUUCUGGGGAGGCCGCGGUGAGCCUGGAGUCGUCGCUCCCUGGAGGGACGUGACCUCUGCCGCGAUGCUGAGGAGGAUUUUACAGAGGACUCCAGGCAGAGUUGGAUCUCAGAGCUCUGAUUCUGAUUCAUCCGCAGUCCCUGGAAAUGCAGUGGAUAUCAACAAUGAGAGUAGUUCAGAGGGAUUUAUUUGUCCUCUUUGUAUGAAAUCUCAUGGAUCAGCUGAAGAACUUUUUAAACACUAUGAAGCAGUUCAUGAUUCUGGUAUUGAUGCAAGUCAUGCAGGAGAAUCUAACAUGAGUCCCAAAAGUGAUGACAUAACUUUACUGAGGCAAGAAGUUCAAGACCUGCAAACUUCACUUAAGGAAGAACGAUGGUACUCUGAAGAGCUGAAGAAAGAAUUAGAAAAAAUUCAUGGGCAGAGGCAGCAAGAAUCCAAACCUGAUGGUCUGGCAACUGCUGCCUCUACAGAGUUGGAAUCUUUAGAACAGCAGUUAGAAGAUAGUCAAGUAGAAAAAUUUAAUAUUAAACAAAUGAAAGACUUAUUUGAACAGAAAGCAACACAACUGGCCACUGAGAUUGUGGAACUUAAAGCCAAAUAUGAUGAAGAAACAAGCCUUCGAGAACUUGCAGAACAGAAAGUGACUAAUUUGACACAAGAGUUACAGAAGCAAAAAGGUGUAUGUGAAGAUUUAAACACAGAGCUGCUUCAAAGACCUGGGGUAGAAGACGUUGCGGUUCUAAAGAAGGAAUUAGUCCAAGUUCAAACAUUGAUGGAUAAGAUGACUUUGGAAUGUGAGAAAGAAUCUGAGAAAUUGAAAGAUGAGUGCAAUCAUUUGAGAGCAGAUUAUACAAAUGCAAAGGCUACCAUUAAUAAGUUAAAUGCUGAACUUGCUAAAGGACCACAGGAAGUUGCUACAUAUGUACAAGAGAUCCAGAAUCUUCAAACUUCAGUUAAUGAAUUUGCCCAGAAAAAUCAGAGUCUAGUGGAAAAAUUAAAAAAGAAAGAAUUGGAAUAUAUCCUGUUAGAAGAAAGACAAAAUGAAGAAUCACUGGUUUUUGAAUUCCUUCUUAACAGUCUUCGACUUCGGUUUUUGGUCGUAGAAUUCCGUCUUAUGUUCGUCAAGCAACAACAAAGGGAAGAAAAAGAACAGCGAAGCCUACUGCUUCAAAACGAGCUCAAUCAGUUACACAAUAAACUUCUGGAAACAGAACAUCAACUUGGGGAAGCACAGGGCCGACUAAAAGAGCAGAGACAGCUAUCUAGUGAAAAGCUGAUGGAGAAGGAACAGCAAGUGGCUGACAUUCAGUUAAAGUUUUCACGUGCUGAAGAGCAGCUAAAGGAAAAAGCGGCAAAUACAACUGAAUUACAACAUCAAUUAGACAAAAUGAAGCAGCAGCAUCAAGAGCAGCAGAACCUUCAGCAAAGUACGACAGCAAAACUUCGAGAAGCCCAGAAUGAUUUAGAGCAAGUUCUACGUCAGAUUGGUGAUAAAGAUCAAAAAAUCCAAAACCUUGAAGCCCUGCUACAAAAGAGUAAGGAGAAUAUUUCUCUGCUAGAAAAAGAAAGGGAAGACUUGUAUGCAAAAAUUCAAGCUGGUGAAGGAGAAACAGCAGUUCUAAAUCAGUUACAGGAGAAGAACCAUGCUUUGCAGGAACAGGUUACACAGUUGGCAGAAAAAUUGAAGAAUCAGUCAGAAAGCCAUAAACAGGCCCUAGAAAAUUUGCAUGAGCAAGUGCAGGAACAGAAAUCCCAUUUAAGAGCCUCUCAAGAUCAUGUUCUUUCCUUGGAAACAACUACCAGUGAGCUACAUAAUCAGCUAAGUGAAAGUAAAGAAAAAGUAAUGCAACUUGAUUUGCAGGUAAAAGCAAAGACUGAAUUGCUUCUGUCAGCGGAGGCAGCAAAAGCUGCUCAGAGAGCAGACCUUCAGAAUCAUUUGGAUACUGCCCAGAAUGCGUUGCAAGACAAACAGCAGGAACUAACAAAAGUCAGUACUCAGUUGGAUCAAGUUGCUUCCAAGUUGCACGACAAAGGAGAAUACUGUAUACAGCUGGAAUCCAGUCUUAAAGAGUACAAAGAAAAGCACCUUAAUUUAGAACAAAAAACAGAAGAGCUGGAAGGUCAUCAUAAGAAACUUGAAACUGAUCUUUUUGAAGUUUUGGGACAAAAAGAAAAGGCUCUUCAAGAACUAGAGCAGCAAAGAAAACAGUGCACGGAGUUGAACCUCAAAGCUGCAGAACUGAGCAAACAGUUAGAAGAAGAGAGAGAAAUGAUAUCUAGAGCCAAAUUAGACUUACAGAAAAAAAAUGAUACAUUAGAAGAAGUAAGUCAACAAAGAUUAAAGCAAGAAGAAGAAAAUGAAAAACUAAAGUUAGAAAUUGAGAAAUUAAAUCAAGAUAAAUUGAAGUAUCACAGGGAAUUAGAUGGAAAGUUGCAAACAUUAACGGAUGAGUUGAAGAAAAUGAAGCUCGAAAAAGAUACUCUAUUAAAGGAAUUUGAAAUCCUCAAAAGUAAACUGUCAAACAGCAAUGAAUCUUUGGAAGAAGCAAAGAAUGCAUUGGAGAAAGAGAAAGAGAGAGGAAAGGCAACCGUGGCUGAAAUUGAAAAAUCUUGUCAAGAAGCUAGACAUCAACUUCAAUUACAGUCGGAAUCUAUAGCUAAAGAACAGAAUGAACUGAAAAACUUACUGGAAAAACAAGAUGGGAUAUCCAAACAGCUAGCAGCAGAGCUUGAUUUGGCACGUGUACAAGUCCUGCAGCUUCAGGGUUUUCUCAAAGACAAAGAAAAAAAUGAACAACAGCUCCAAUUAAAGGUAAAAGAAUUGAAGGAAUCUUUUGACCAGAAGAAAAAACAAAAUGAGAUACAACAAGCUGAAUUAAAAACAGCCCUAUUAGAAAAGGCAGAACUGGAAAAUAAAUUGCAGCAGCAAAUAACAUUAUCAGAACAAGUCCUUGGUACACAGAAGGAAAAAAUAAUAGAACUGCAGAAAUCCCAUAAAAAAGUUCAAGAAAACAUGGAAAAACUUCAACUAGAUAUUUAUGGUAAAGAAUCUGAAAUCUUGGCUAUACGGCAAGACCUUAAGAGCACAGAAGAGAAGCUAGCUUUGGCUCAAGAAGAAUUGAUUUCUAAUAGAAAUCAAAUUAGUAAUCAUAAUCAAUUGAUCAAAGAACUUAAGACUAUAAGAUCUACACUGGAACAGGAUGGGUCCAAAAAAGAACAGCAACUGAAAGAACAAGAGAGGUUGUUACAGGAAAUACAAAAAGAUAAGGAUUUAAAAGAAAAAGAUUUGUUUAAUGAAAAAUCGAAAACCUUGGAACUCUAUAACAUCAAUUGCAAACAGGAAGAAGAAAAUGUGAAACUGAGGGAUGAAAUUAGAUUCUGCAAACAAGAGUUUGAGAAGGAGAUAUCAAAUCAAAAAGAUGCCAAACAGCUGUUGAUUAAACAGAAACUAGAAUUACAGGAAAAGGUUGAUAAUUUUAGUAUAGCUAUGGAGCAAGAGAAGAAAAACCAGGAAGUCAUGAAAGAUCAGUGGAAGAAGAAAGAAGGGGAACUGAAGAAGAAAUGUGCUGAGAUAGAAGCAAAACUGCAAGCUUUGAUCAAGAAAAAAGAUGAGCAGUGUAAAAGUCAUGAAGAGGCUGAGUGUAAGCUCAAUAUGCAGAUAACAGCACUGAAUGAAAAUCUAGGGACAGUGAAGAAAGAGUGGCAAAGCAGCCAAAGAAGGGUUAGUGAAUUAGAAAAACAAAUAGAUGAUCUGCGUGGAGAAAUUGCAGUUCUUGAAGCCACUGUCCAAAACAAUCAGGAUGAGAGAAGAGUAUUGCUGGAAAGGUGCCUUAAAAGUGAAGGAGAAAUUGAAAAGCUUCAAAGCAAACUCAUUGAUGCACGAAGAAAACUGGAUGAUACAACUGCAGCCAUGCAGGAGCUAGGGAGAGAAAACCAGUCACUACAGAUUAAACAUACGCAAGCAUUAAAUAGGAAAUGGGCUGAAGACAAUGAAGUUCAGAAUUGCAUGGCUUGUGGAAAAGGUUUCUCUGUAACAAUAAGAAGGCACCAUUGCAGACAGUGUGGAAAUAUUUUCUGUGCUGAGUGUUCCUCAAAGAAUGCCUUAACUCCUUCCUCUAAGAAACCCGUUCGUGUCUGUGAUACCUGUUUCAAUGAUCUACAAGGAUAAUUACUCACAACUCUUACAUGUUAUGCUAGAGUAAAAUUUCUGUUAUGCACUUAGUACAAUACUCAGACUACUAUUUUGGGUGGGCACUGAUUGUAACAAUUGACAAAAUUAUAGUAUAGUGUUUAACUGGUAACGUCAAACAAUUGUACUUCUUGUGAAGUUGAAAUUAUCUGUGACUUACUUGGUUUUGGUCAAAGAGAGCUUCUGUGUCAAGUUUAUAAGUCUCCAAUGACUUGUAAAUAAAAUUAAAAUAGAGGAAUUACAAUGUAUUUUUUUAUCCUAAUUUGUUUGUUCAAAAACAACCCCUUUAAACAAUUUUGCAGGGAUUUUGUGUUUCAAUUAUUGCUGCAUAAGUAUAACUUAAUGAUUCUUCAGAAAUGUAUAAGGUAUUAAUAGCCUCAAAUAAGCAGCUUUUCAUGUCUAUUGUUUUUUUUCCUCUUUUUUCUUCUUAAUUUUUUACUGUGAGUUCCUUUUUAUGAUUAUGUCUAAUUAGUGGAAGCUGCCUUGAACUCUCAAGAUUGUCAAGCUGUUUUUCUAUAGUAUCACUGUACAAUAUAUGUUACAGAUAAUGAAAAGCAAUCCCAAUACUAUAGUGUAGAUCUGAUAUUUCUUCUCUAAGGAUAUGCUGCAUCCUGUUGAAAAUAGUUGGGCUACAUCAUCUUUGAUAUGCAAAUUCUUAUGCUCCUUUACAUUUCUUUGUACUAUUCAAAUAUGUUUGCACUGUUCUCUCAAAUAUUGCCUGGAAGAUCCAAGCAUAGCAAAUUCUGGUACUGAAAGAUACAUAGUUAUGAUAAUUAUUAUUUUAUAACUCCACCAUUUUCAAGGUGCAUGUUCCCCAUUUUAAUUAGUAUUACAAAUCUUUGUCCUCCUUAAAAUUUGGAAUGAAACUCAGCACUGGUAAAGAUUGAAGAGAAACCUAAAUUCUCAGUAGUUUCUCUUGUUUUAUGUUAAUUAAGUUAAUUAACAAUCUCUCUAAUUAUGGAGUUUAUUAAACAGUAAUGUCAUAUUUUAUUCAUCUGAAAAUUAGUUAAAAUUACUGUUUUGAAACUAAUAGAUGGAUAACAAAUGUUUGUUUCAGUUGAGAUUGGGAUAUACAUACACUACUAUGCACAUUGUGCUGGUAUAAAAUAAUGCACUGGUAAAAUCUAGUUUAGUAAAAUAUAGUUAUUAGUAAAAUGUAAGGUGAUAUUUAAAAUCAUUUUUUGGGGAUUUGUAACCUAUUUGCAUGGGAGAUGAGUGCAGUUGUAGACAUAGAAAUGAAUAUGGAAGUAGAAAAAAAGUAACACAGGUAGUUUAAUAAAGAUAUAUGGAUAGAGAGGGCUUUCCGUGUAGAAGAUUCUAGUUCUACUGCUUGUAUCUCCAAAUAAUGAAAUCACAGGUACUAGGGCUUACACACUUUUUUUUCUUGUCUGAAAUCUUGGAGGAAAAAAUAGUUGUGGACUAUACAAUGGAUUGAUAGAUCAAAAGUCUUAAAGAUUAUGAGUCAGUAUGAGGUAAAAAUGUCCAAAUGGUCAAAUAUGAGUAUAACGUAUAGAGGUCAAAUCUUCUAAGUCAGCUAUUCAUAGAGUCUACAAUAGAAAUAUAGUUCAGAUGCUAUCCAGCUGUUUUAUUCACUACUAUUACUUUAAUCUAAAUUGGAAAAAGAUAAAGUUUGAAGUAUUCAUGAUAGGAACUGAAUUUUAUUGGGGCUAUCUUCUAAUUUAUCUUAAUUGAUUAAUUAUAUAUGUAACUCUUCAUCUCAUAAAUUAACAUAUAAAGAAAUUGAUUCAGAAGGGGGAAGUAAUAUUUUUUAAGAUGAUGCUUGUAUGGGUUGUAGCAGGUGUCAUUUUGGAAAUGGCUUCCUAUAUAUAAGAUAAGGUGGAAUUGUUUUCCAAGGUUGUAUCUGCCAUUUGCAUUUUUUUCUAAGUAUUUUUAAAAGAAUAUUAAAAACAAGCAAACUAUCUGCUCCUCAUUUAAGUGGGAAUUUGAUUUCAUUGCAGUCCCUAGAUGUUUUACAUACAUUAACACGCACAUGGAUAAAGUUCAGCUUGUCCAGAGAAAGGAAAUGAGGUUGAUCUGAUAGUUUAAAAAUUGAAAACUCAGGAAGAGCAAGGUAUUGCAUUGUCACUUGCACUAUGCACUUUUUAGUGUAACCAACACUAUAUGCAAGAGAAGGAACAAAUGUUUGCAAGAAGUGAUGUAGUAAUUGGUCUACAAAAUUGUACAUUCUUAAUUAAGUGCUCAUUCAAUUCCCUAGUAAUUUCAUAUUGUGUUUAGGAAUAUUAUGUCCAUAAUUUCUAUGGACAGAGGAUAUAUAUUUUAGUAUACAUAGUGUAUGCUAAAGAACUUUGCAUUUUCUUUAAAAGCACUGCUUGAUUUUAAGAAUAGAAAAAGUAGACUUGGCAAUUUUGCACAUUUCAUGUUCUCAGUGGCUUUCAUUGUUCCUAUAUAAACAUUUGUUAUUAAAUUACAUUAAAAUUUAUUUAGAUGAUCUAUUUCCAGGUCAUAGCAAUAAACAGAAAAGGAAAUUCCCUACUUAAGAACAGAAAUGUUAGUAUUUGUAUUGUUUCUUUAAAACUUAGAAGUGGUAUAUUUUCACAGUUUCUAUUUAGCAUUUAAAAAAUGAAUAAAGCUGUCCUUAUUUAACAUUAACUGCUCUGCCUCAGUAUGGAAUUGUUUGAUAGCAGGCACACAGGAAAACAGUCAUGAGAAAAGUAGUUUGUGUGGUAGACAACACCAUUCAGCAGAGAUUUGUUUUUCUGCUGUGAUCUCUUUAAAACCCAUAUGAAUAAGAUUUGUUAUUGGCGUUUUGAAUUUAUAAAUUUCAAAUACAGUAUAUGUUGUUGAUUAGUGUGGCAGAUUUGAAUAACUUUCAUGCCACCUACAUUGUAAUAUGUGGUUAAAUCCAAACUCUUUGCACCAAAGAGAAAGAAAAAAAUAUUGUUACAUCAGGUUAAUACACAAAGAAACAUUUUGUAAUAGAAAUCUAUCCAAAAUGCUGCUUGUAUAGGAUUUAUCACUUUUGUAAUAAAAUUAUUUUAAAAACACACAAAAAGCCCAGUUGAAGAAUGCCACUAUGUAAGAUUUCAUUUUAACUACCUCUUGAUAUAAAACUCAAGUUGAGCCCAUUUUAAAAUGGUUCCCUCACUACGAUGUUAGGUUUGAUUUGUGAUUACUGCCAAAUUUUAAAACAUUUUGAUUCACCAAAAAUGUAAUAUUUCAAUAUGUGUGCUUAUGUAACUUACAGUUAUUAUGAAUCGAUACUCUUUUGGUUCUACAAACCUAUAGGUGUUGGAGAAAAAUUAAAUUAUACAACUGUUCCUAAUUAUAAUGUUUGAUCUAUAUCAGCUGUAUGUGUCACAUUGGCUGCUGUUAAUAUUUACAUGUCAUUAAGUUAGCCUCUAUUUCCAGUGCUUUUGACAAGAAAUUGAAAAAUGCUAUUAUGCUAUAAUGGAAGUGUGCCACAAAUUGUAUUGUCCUAUUGGCCUCUUUUUAACUAUUGGCUUAUUAUGGUUGCAGAUGUGAAUAUUGUGCAUAAUGUUUAUUGGGUGGGGUCUGUAUAUUGUAUAAAUUAGACUUGAAGAAUUUCUGUGCUUAUCUUAAAUUACAGAUGUAUUAAGGUAGCUUUAUCUACAUAAGAUUGCACUUCUUUUUCAAGUGGAUCCUUACAUUCACAUUAUCUUUAGAUAGUCUUGCAUGGCAAUUUUUAUCAGGUGGAUUCUCUUAAGUCCUUCUUUGAGUGGUGUGUUUAUGACUUGUAGUCAUGUAGUCGUGCCUUAUAAUGUUAAAGAGUUUAGUUCAGUAUGCACUGUAAUUCCUAAACUCUGCAUUUGGAAAGUGAUGGAAGCUGAGUAGUAAGAAAAAUGACACCAUGCAAUCACUAAUUCUGUAUGAAACCCAUGGGUGGAUACUUAUGGAAAUAUUACUUUUGUAUUCUAUUAUUGGGCUGAAAAUAAAAUUAGAAAUUUUUAAUAGAC